AUGGCGUUGCUGGAUGUGCAGGAGGCACAAUCGCUAGCGUUCUCGAGGAGGUGGCCGCGGUUGCGUUGUCUGGCCGCACGGCUCAUGGUCUGGACGACCAGAGCAACGCUUGUCGCGUUGCUCUUUGUUCGCGGGAGCGAGCUGCUUCAAGAAGUGCAGUCCAGCGAGGACAGCGCGUUCCGCCAAGGUGGUAAUGUGCGAGGACAUAUUACACUAAGCGAAGAUCAGAAGGACCUGGCUGCUGUACAGCAGCCCGGGGGCGAAAAGUCGAAGCUACUUUCCGACCGGGCUCCUGCGCUCAAAAGUGUUGGCGAGGAGGUGCCAGCAUUUUUCCAGUACGACACAAGUCGACCACGACCGCUGGGCAACGACGCAGAACUUGAUACAGCGGAAGCGUUUCUGCAGAACAAUGGCUGGGCACAGGAUCAUGCCGGGGCUGAAGAGGCCCCGACGACAGCUGCUACGCGCGUGCCGAAGACAGUACACAACGGGCCAGCGCCGGUUGCUAUUGCUUCGAAGGAUGAAGAAACAACUACAACAGGAGGACAACUUCAACUUGCUGGUGCGCGGGUGACAGCGUUAACGGGAAAGAGUGCUGCCCUUGCAGGAGAAAAAAAUCGGGUGGAGGGGGACCACGAGCAGCAGUGGCUUCAGAUUGGAGCACAUGCCACAUCCGAAAACACGGGAACAAGCAGGACAUCGGGGGCCAGCGCCAUGAACGCGCAGAAAGAUGAGGCACAACCUCCUCACCAGCCGUCACCGCUGGAGCAGCAAAUUUUGCAGAUGCAGGAGAAGAUGUCAAUGCUCGAGGUGGAGACGCAGCAAAAGAUGGCAACUCGCGACGCGGAGACGCAGCAAAAGAUGGCAACUCGCGACGCGGAGACGCAGCAGAAGAUUUCAGCGCUCGAGGCGGAGACGCAGCAGAAGAUUUCCAUGCUCGAAGCAAACGCCACUGCCUGCACCAACAACGUGACCGACCUCGUGAGCGCGAGCGCAGACAUGCGCCACGCCGGGGGGGUCGUGGAGGAGGUUGGUGGACUGUUUUUGGCGCACAUGUUCGCUAUGUCGAAGGGGGAUUACGUUGCCGCUGUGGUGUACCUCCUUUCCGGAUUUGCGGCCGCGCUUAUUGUCGUCGCGUUGCCGAUUCGCUUGGUCUUUUUUCCCAGGGAAUACCACCCAGAGGAAGAGUCAGAGGGCGGCGAAGAUGUCACUCCGGGACCUCCACAGCAGGGAGUGAGCGCCGUGGCAGGUGGUGAUCAAGCAGACCUUCUUUCGGCCGACCACACAAAUCCACCAUCGCCGAAGCCGGAAAAAUACUGGCUACUUCCCUGGGAUUUCGCCAAGCAAGGAACUUUGUCAAGUGUGUGCCAGCGACCGGAUAGCACGGAGGGCAAGAUCUUUACUACGGGUUUGGUCAUAGCCGAAGUUUGCACACUGCUCUCGCGCUACACACUGAUCGUGUACGACCGCAACUGUAUGGGGUGGGCGAGCGUUGUGAGCCAAAGACUGGACUCCAUAGGCACCGAGCGAUCCAUCGAUCUGGCGUUUCGUGUGAUUUGGUUGAUCGUUCCGCCUGUCCUCAUGAUCAUCACGGCCGCGGUGCCGAGCAACAGUUUCGGGGCGAACGUUCGAAACGCAGCUCGGACGACGACGACGGCAGGACAUGCAGCAGGUUCGGGAAGUAGCACCACCCGAAAUCGAAAUCGAAAUCGUGUGUCGGUGAUCCACGAGGACGAUACUCGGAAAUGGUUACUGCGAGGAAAAAUCCCCCCUCCCCAUAUCGAAAAGGCCUGUUUUUCAAAAUUUGCGAUGCUGAUUUGUGGUGACAAAUCAAGUCUGUCUUGCAAGAGAGCAAAGCCAAGGCUUCCGCUGCAUUUCGCAGGCGAUUUGCAAUGCUUCUACGCAGCUACUAGGGCAGACAUGCUAAGUACCUACCCCAAGCCACCCCUUUUGCGGGCUUUGUAUCUGUCUGCAGUCCCCCACCGCAAGACAAAUCCUACACAAAUCCGGCAAAAAAAAAUCCUGCAUCACAGAUUUCCAUUUCGAUAUGGGGAGGGGGAAUUCUUCCUUUUGAUAAUGGUCGCAGGGAUUUCAUAGGACCGUUGGGGCCGCAGUCGCACUGCGGUUAAUCUUCGAGACGCGACAGUUGUUCCAAGAGCCUGUCGACCUCUCCGUUGCACUGUUUGGGCUGUCGGAUCCGCUGGAUGGGCACGACCUACCUGGGUAUGUGAAUGCAGGCGAGCAGCGAGUGGUGCCCCGAUGUUAUAGCGAGAGCAAGACUUCUUACUGGACGCAGGCCUAUCGCGGCUAUUAUUUGGGUCGAUUGGUGUGGCUCUUUCUCGGGUGGCUCUUUUCGCUAGUAUUUGUUGCCCUACAAGCUGCCGUGAUUUGGCAGCACCGACAUGCCGAGGACCGUCCAGCCAAGGACCGCUCAUCGCAGUCUGCGGCCUAUCUCGGAGACGAUCGUUUGGCUCCGCAGUCGGCGAGCCUGAUUCUUCCGCGGCUCUCGUUUACGGCCGAAAUUCUUGCCAUGCUCACGGUGCAAGCGCUACCCUUCUGGCCCGUCCUUCUGAAGGUAGUGCGGCAUGUGCAAGGUGCAAAUUGGGUCCCGCCACUGACAUCCUUGGAAGGUUUGCUUGCAGCGUCGUUUGAGCACCUUUGGGGUCACCAUCCACAGUGCGGGCAUUACUUUGAUACGGACAAGUGGUGCAGAAACCAGCCGGACUACUGGAUGUGGUUUACACAUCCGGACAGCGGCAUGGUGCAUCGAUAUCAUUCAUCGAAUUGAGAGACGCCAUACGAAAUAGCUUGGUCUUGGGCGAUGCCACACUGAGAGACGCCAGACUUGAUGAAGAAAUGAAAAGAAUCAAUACUGGUGCUCAUGGGUAAACGGCAAAGCGCUGCGUUGUGCCUUACCCUUACCGACUGGUCCUCGUACGAGGGGGAUCAGGCGUGAACAAGGAACAUUCUUGGUCAUUGGCCAUGGCC